AUGACAUGGUUCGCAAGAGCUCCAAGCUUGGCCGUGACCGUGUCCUCAUACUUGAAGCCACCUGCUGGGAGAAAAGCGAAACGGAUCAUUCAGAUUUUCUUGACUGAUCACUUCCCGUCGCAAGCAGAUAAAAUCGCCAGCGAUUUCAAGUCCAACCUCAUCAGUAUAGUUGAGCUCCAUAUUGACAAAGGAGAAUACAAAGUGCAAUAUCGAGCUGAAGGCGAGGAUGAAGCACAAUCAAAUGCGACACCAUGUCUCGUACGCAUACAGUACACCGGCGCUCUGACGGUCUGUGAGCUCACGAGAGAGCUCAUAUCGGCUAGUCUUGGCGGCCUUUUUGGAUCCAAAGAAGAGAUCCUCCAAGCCCUGAACAUUGUCAUGGGUAUCAUGCUGAGGCUGAUGCGUGCGUUGCCUCAAUCGGAACAAGUCGGCACUUCAGCCUAA